AUGAAUGGUUUCUCCGAAAUUGACCCCGUUCAGGAUGCCUGCCAGUUCUGGUCCAAUGACGAGAACGUAGAAUGGCUCGAAGACAUACUGCACACUCAUUUCCUACCCCUCAUAGACAACAUCAACGCCGGAGGUCUCCAUAGUAGCUGGGAAUGGUUCGCCGCCGACGCGACUUUGACGACAAGCAUCGAUCUUCCACGUUACGAGGGAACAACGUUUGAAGGCAGAGAGACAAUCAACGAUUACUUCGCCAGCCAAUACAAUGCUGAGCCCCGCAUGAAUCCUCGCGAUCAUCAGCUACUCAUCACGGCGGACUUCAACGAUUACUACAAACUAGUCAGCAUGGAGUUCAGCGAGUAUACGGUUGCAGGGCCAGUGUCUUAUAUUGAGAUGGUGGACAAUUGCGUCGCUUGUAGGGCCAUGGCUUCCAUGGGGCGGGAGAGACAGAUGGAAGAGGACGCGAAUGAUAGCACAGAUGAUGAAGCCUACUCGGAUUGGCCUUACCGCAAUGAGGACCACGACCACUGA